AUGCGGCAAAAGUCGGCCGAACGCAACAGAUGCACCGCGCUGGAUUGUAUGCUGCAGCACCUAGAUAAGGUAUUUGCCCAGUUCUGGGAGCAGUUGGAGGUGCGGGCACCUGAGGCAGCAGGGGGACAGAGGAGCAAAUGGAGGCAAGCAGGAGAUGGGGUGCAGGAGGCCCCAUCGGGCACAACCUCCUACCAAGUAACCAGACCACACAGGCCUAGCUCACCUGGGCAGAGAGCCAAAAGGGAUUCCCUCCCUAAGCAUCCCCCAAAGAGGCAGAAGCAAAGACCCCACAAGAGAUGACCGACUACCCAGGGCUUCUGUCCCCUCCCAGAGGGAAGUACUUGGACACAGAGGUGAGACCCCAGAUGCAGGCCCUCAGCAAGGCCCGGGGAAAGCAGGAGAACAAGUGCAACCCCAGCCCAGACUUGUCACGGGUGAGCCCCCUGGGAACAGAACUCCGCUCCAGACCAGCAACCAAGGCCUCCAGAAAAGUCAUCGGCUAG